AUGUCAGUCACGAGAAGCGAUCUUCUCUCACUGAAGCAAUGGGUCCGCCAAGGCGAGCUCCAUGGCUCAGCUGUUCUGCCAAUGGGAAUCGGUCUUAAGCAGCCAAACCUCGACAACGGACAUGGACAUGCACUUCUGGAGGAGCUCUCACCCAAGCUCGCCACGCUUCGGCAUGCUGUAGACGCCGUCCACUCCUGGCUCAAGGACGCCGGCAUCGCCGCCCAGCGAAUCGGUCACUCCGCGGACAAGCAAUGGAUCCAGCUUGACGUCAAGGUCGAAGAGGCUGAACGUCUGCUCAAGACAAAGUACUAUCAAUUCGAGAAUGCAGCCACCGGCCAAAGCCACGUUGCUUGCGACGAGUACUUCCCUCCCGAGCACGUCUCUAAGCAUGUCGACUACGUCACUCCAGGCUUGAAUCUCCUGGCUGGUGGUAAAGCCUCCAACGACAAGCCCCUGGACGGCCGAAAGCGAGACAUCGAGAAGAGAGGGUUACGGCAACCAGAACUUCUCGACUCCAAUCUUCGCUGGAAGAAUUCCCAUCGACCUUUCCGUACUGAAUGCGACUGGCUUCGAGCUGGCGAACUGCGACAAGUACAUCACACCGCCAUGCAUUGCUGA